AUGAGCUUCCAGAGAACCAAGGUAUCCUGGCUCUCCAACUGUGGAUAUAAACUCAAGGACCUACUCUGCACUCCCAAGGAUCUGACAGUCCCUUUGCAGCUGUCCUGUCCAGCUGUGAAAACAUCUGGAUGACAAAUGACCAUGGCACCUCCUCCCUCACCCACUUGUAAACCAAGGAUCCCAUAGGUCAGGAUCAAUCAGGAAACUUUGGAGCAAGGGUGUUAAUUAGGCAAUUAGGAGAAAUCAAGUGGUGGGCUCAGAAAGGGACUCAGCUGACUGUUCUUAAUGAAGUCUGAGGUGGGACUGGGCAUGGGGGGGCUUAAAUUGGGACAGAAGAGAUGAAGUGGGGAUUGGACAGGAAUGGGGAGGGGGGAGUGGAUUCUGCACACAUCUUGCAUGACAGCACACAGGCCAGAGAUGAAAUAGCAGGGAAGGAGGAAGUGGGAUAAAAUAGAGCAAUGUUGACAGAAAUAGCUAGGAGGUGUGUAAGGAUGGGACGCCCUGCGACAGAGAAUAUAUAUGUCCCUGCUACUUCUCUCCCUUGUUCCCCUGCCUUAAGCCCCAAACCCCUCCCCUCUUGAGGUGUGAAUGUGCCAUUUGGGGUCUCACUUCAAAGGGUCUUAGCAGAAUCAUAAAUACAGCCCCAGCCAGGGGCUCCUCAGGGAAAGAGAGGAUCUGCAGGGUGGAUGCAUCCCAGACUUGCCUCCAGAGACAGAACCGGGGAAAGCUGGCUCCCAGCCCCUCAACCCUGCUCUAGCCGAACAGCCUCCCUUCCUUCCAGGCUCCUACUCUGCACCCCACUCUCCCAGAGGUCCCCUUACGACUUGCACCAUCCCUCUAACCCUCUAGACCUUCCUUCCUACCCAGAGAAAGCAGGAGCCCUGGCUUCCAGUCUCACCUGUUCUAACCCACGAGGUCCUCACUCCUUUCCCAGAGAACCCAGAAGUCCUGGCUCCAAGGCUUCCUGCAGCACCCCAUGUAUCACCCCACAGAGAUGUUCUCACAGUAUGGGGGCUCAUAUCCUCUGCGACCUCCCCCGCCUCCCGGGGCUGGGUAUCCCCAGGGUCAGGCACCUCAAUAUGAAGCCUUCAGAUAUCCAGGUGAGAAAUUGGGAUAUGAUGGUGGGGAAGGUGGUGGUGGAGGUGGUGGGAGAGGGGGAGGGGGAGGGAAAUUAAAAGCCAAAGUAAGAUUAGAAGGGUGAGUAAAGGAGCAAUCACAUACCAAAAAUGUUGACUGGGCUGAAGUGCAUCCUCAUUUCAGCCACACUGGCUGAUGCUGGGCCAGUCACCAUGUCUCAUUCUAAUAUAACCUACCUUACAUGGUUGUUGAGGAAGAAGACCGCAUGUGCUUCCCUAGACUCCUUGGAAGAAGGGUGGGAUAAAAGGACAGAAACAUAUGAGAGCCACAGUUUGUAGGGUUUUUUAGAAUGGGGGUGGGCUGGAGUUGCAAUGUGUUAAGAGAUUAGAGCAGUUGGAAUUAUAAUAAGGAGGACUUCCCGGUUCUUUGGGAGGGAGAGUGGUUUAGAGAAAGGGGAGGGGUAAGUCUGCAAUCCAGGACUUCUGUGCUUGGCAGGAGAGAAGUGGGAUAGAACAGAAUGGGGACUGGGUGGGAACCAAGACUGGUGAAUUCUCAGAGAUGGUUGAAUGGGGCAAAGGGAUUUGGAGGCCAGAGUUGCUUUAUGCUCUGGGAGAAAUGUAGGACUUAGAAUCUGAAGGCGGGGGGGGGGGGGGACAACAGGAAGGCUGACAGCAGGUACCCAAAGGAGGGGCAUGAGUAGGACUCAGUGGUACCCAGAAAAGAAGAAAGCAGUUGUGGGUUUAACAGGCCAGUGGGAGGGCAGGCUGGGACAGAAGAAAUGCAAAAUUCACAUAAAUUCCAUUGCUUGCUUCCUGCUCCCCACAUCAGCUGGACUUUUAGCACCCAAGACCAACUGGUCGGGGGAGAUGAGAGGGGGGAGCAAGCAGGCGGAAACCAGCAGGAGGGUGACAAAUUCCUGGGAUGAAGCCCCUCAGUCUUGCCUGCAAGCCCCUGUCUUUCCCGCCCCCCCCCCCAGCUCAACCAAUAUCCCUCAGCUCCAUCAGCCCUCUUUUCUGACUUGUUCCCUUCUCUUCUCUUCCCUGCCGUCAGACCUUGAUGCUGCCCCUAAGCUGGAUAGCUUCUUCCCUGGGUUGGAACCCCCAGGGCGCCUCCUGCCCUCUGCUCCUGGCCUCCCUUAUGGGUCAGGCCAGCCUCUCCCAUCCGGCCCCCCACCAACUACACGCCUACCCCCGGGAGUACGGAUGAGCCUGGAGAAUGGAGAACUUUGGAAGCGUUUCAGUGGGAUUGGUACAGAGAUGAUCAUCACCAAGGCAGGCAGGUGAGAUGCCAAGCAGGAGGUAAAAGAGAAAAAAGUGGACCUUGAGCUCCAGAACCUUGUCCCAGUGCUAGUGAUUCCCCAGACACAUGCAAAACCAAUGCUUCUGAACCAAUGUGGACUGCAUCUUCCCCAGUACUGAGUAAUCAGAGCCAGUGCAUAUCCCCUUUCUCCUUAGAAAUUACAGCACUGCUCAAGAAACUCAGAAUCAGGGAAGAUUAAAGGUAAAGGUAAGGAGACCCCUGACCCUUUACCUUUAGAGUUUAGAGUUUAGAUUUAUUAGAGGCUGAUAAACAUAGCUCUCUAUUUCCUUCAUCCCUCCUGUAAGUUCCAUACUAGAUCCUGGGGGGAAGUGUCAUCAAAAUGAAAUGAUUGACAGUACAUUCAAAGCACACAAAAGACGAAAUAACUUAUUCACAUUUCCCAGAAUUAAUCCAUGGGAUUCAAUGCCACAUGAUGUGAUGAUGAUCUGAGAUGACUUUGGAAAGAUUAGACACUUAGACUUAGACUUAGACACACACAGAAUACAACUAUCUGCAACUAAUGGAACCUUCAUGUCAGAGGCAUAUAUAUGCACACUGGAACAAUUUUAGGAAGUUUCCGCUGUGUUGUAUGAAACUUAGUACUGAGAUGGGAUAUAUAUUAUCAGGAACUGUUAAUCUUCUUCACUUUUCCCUGUACAUAGAUGUCCAGUAUGACAGGAUCACUCACCCUGCUCUUUUAUUUUUCUGAAUUUGUCAGCAUCAAAAAUGAAAAAAAAAAAUAAUAAUUUGUGCCAACUACUGCUGAGGGUGGUGGCGGCAGCAGGAGUAAGUGGUGGUCCUAUUCUUCCCCCUGCCUUUUGUUAUGUCUCACUGAUGAAACCUCUCCCCCCCCCCCCCCCGCCGCUGCCUGCCCAGUUAAAAUAUUCUAACCCACAUUUUUAAUCAAUUUUGCAGGCGGAUGUUUCCACAGCUGAAAGUUUCAGUAACAGGACUGGAUCCUGAAGCCAAGUACCUGCUGCUAGUGGAUGUGGUCCCAGUGGGCAGCUCCCGGUACAAAUGGCAUGGCAAGCGGUGGGACGCCAGCGGCAAGGCUGAACUGCCCCCACCAGACAGGGUCUACAUCCACCCCGACUCGCCUGCAUCAGGCGCCCACUGGAUGCGCCAACCUGUAUCCUUCCACCGGCUCAAGCUCACCAACAACACACUGGAUCCCCAUGGACAUGUAUGGCCAGGGGGAAAGGGCACUUUGGGCAUGAGGCAUAGGAUAUUAAGUGGAAAGGAAUGUAGCUGUAGGGAAUGCUCUGAGCACCUCAAGGGAAAAAUGGGUUAAAAGAAUGGCACUAACAGAUAUUUGGCGGUUCAGAUUGCUAACAAUAAUGGAUUAUGGCUAUGGGUUAUAUAGCAAAGAGGCAUACCCAGGGUUUUGUACAAUUUGUGCUUAAAAUAAAAUCUCCUCCAGCAUUCUGAAAUUCUACAUCGUCUGCAAAUUAUAUAAACUAAACACAAUAGAUAUGUUGCUUUCUCUCUCAUGUAUGCUGUAGUUGAGAUUCCAGAAUGGAAGGGGGUUGGACUAGAUGACCCUCGGGGUCCCUUCCAACUCUACAAUUCUGUGAUUCUGUGCAUAAUUUAUUUUGCUCCCAUCAUUCAUGAGAAAGGGCAAGUAACUAUGCAGCUACCUGAAGCCCCAUAUUUGGAUCAUUAGAAGUCUACUCAGUCCAUGUGAUUUCACCAGGGACUGAAACCUCAUUAUGUAGCCAUAAGGACUAGAAUCUUGCUGUCCUUCUUAAUGUACGAUAAAACAGAGAUUCUCAAGCGAGUGAAUCCCGCAAUUUAACAUAAAAAAGCCUGUGCUUCGGGCAGAUUCACAGAAUUUACACUGGCCCUGACUACAACAGGAGCUAAAAUAUCUGUUUGCAUUAAAAAUGAAAUAUGGUAGGAAAAACUGUUUGGACAAGUAAACAGAUAAUAUGACUCACCUCUGGCUCUUGCACCCCCUUCUCAGCUGAUUGUUCACUCCAUGCACCGUUACCAGCCGAGGAUACAUGUGGUUGGAGCCGGAGGACGCCGUGGGGCAGGCAGUGGCUGCGCUUCCUUCACCUUUCCCGAGACCCAGUUUCUGACUGUCACGGCCUACCAGAACCCACAGGUGAGAAACAAGGCCGCUGUUAUAAAUUUAAUAUUUGCAUCUAAAAGGCCCUUCCCCAUUGGUGGCAGGAAGCAGGGAUGUGUCACCUUGGACAAAUGAUUUAUCCAUUUCCCGCCCUCACUGCCCCCCCCCCAUUGCUUAUCCCUGAAGGAAAGGCACUUUUUUUCAUCAGCAAAUGAUAAUCAAAUCAAAAACUGGCCAUUAAAAAAAGGCGGCAGUCCUGAGAAUUCUCAGGCGAACAUCAACUCCGUCAAAUUCUAAAGGACUUCGGAGGAAAUGUGUUUAGAAUAGAAGCACAAAUGUGAGACAGAGCUUCAUUUUAGAGAAAUAGCACAGGAGACCCUCCCCAGAAAGUUAAUUUAGCUUUCUGUGAGACCAACACCCCACUCCAUAUUAUUUUUUGUGCCUGUUCUUUUCACCAAGCUCCAGAAACGGCAGCCUUCCCAUGCUCAUUUCCUUAGAGACACUCUGGAAUUGGCACAAAUAUUAAUCCAUCAACAUAUUCCUGAACCACCACCGCUAUUUUGUGGAAGUGUGGCAAGAAGAUGCCUCUGUUUUCACAAGGGUUUUAUUUUUAUAUAUAUAUAUAUAAAAUGUUUAUUAGGAUUUUACAAUAAACAUAGGUUUAACAAACUAAAAAGAAAACAUAGACAGAAAAAGAAAAAAGAUAACAAGAAAAAUACAAAAAAUUACCAAAAAAAAGAAAAAAAUCCUAGAAGAAAAAAAAAAAGAAAGAAAAUACAAAAUACAAAAAACAGAUGGCUAAAAAACAAAAUAAAGAAAAAAUCCAUUUUUAAAUAUCUUUAGGCUCAUUUACUUAUUUCCUUGACCUCCUCACACCUCCCCUUUUUGUAUUCCCGUUUACAAAAUCCUUUCAGCAAAUCCUUACCCUCUUUCAUUUAUCUUUACUCUGUGACUUAACCUAUUAUAACUAUAUAUUUUCGUCCAUAUGACUAUCUAUAUUUGCAUAUUCUUUUUAACCUUAUUACCAAAACCACUUAUUUUCAAUCCAACAUCAUUUUAACAUUCAUUAAUUUUACAGUAUUUCUGCAAAUAGUCUUUAAAUUGUUUUCACAAGGGUUUUACACACACACACACACACACACACACAGAGCAUUUUCCCCUCACUUCUAAGUAGCAACCGAACCCCAUGUCCAGAGGGGCAGGCGCAAGGGAUCCUAAGUGACUUCGCUUUCAAUUUAAUCCCAUGCGACUCACUAUCAAUACAGCAGGAAAAAUCACAGCAAACUAAAAACCAUUCCAACACUGCACAUUUUGGAACUCCACUGACCUUCCCUGAGCAUUUCUACGUCACUAAAAUGGCCUGUUUUCCUUUUCUCUGGCCAUAUCCCUUUGCCCCCUCAUGUGACACUUUUCCUUUUAAAUAGUGCUGCAAAAAUAUAUUCCCCCCCACACACUUUUUUUUGCAUCUCUGUGACAUGGGGCAAACCUUACAUUUCACUUACCUCCAUGAAAUCUGGGAUUGUUGACGCCCUCCGCCUUCCUAUGAAGCUCUCUUCCCCCACUUGUCCACCUCCAUAAAACUCAGGCCUGAGGCCUCCCUUCUUCACUUGCUCACCCACAUCUAUUGAUGCCAUUACAGCUAGAACACAAUGGCUUCUCCUCAGGAUUCUUCCACCUCUAAAUCACCUCAGCUCCUUUCUCCUCCUGACCAUAUCCCUUCACUCCACAACCUUUCACCUCAGGCUGAAUGGUGCCCUUCCGCCUCUGCAUGGGCCUGUGCAGCCCUCAUCAUUUUGUAACUCCCCUAUGUGUCCUUAUUUAUUACUCCAUUCCUGUGUUUCUUUCCACUUUUGAAUAGCUCUUCAUACCUCUCAACCAAAAUAUCCUUUCCUCUACUCAGUCAGAGCCUUUACUUUUCAUUGGGAGUCUUUCCAUGUUUUGCGAUAUUCCUUUGUAAGUUUCUGCCCUAAAAUAUACCCCCCCACACACACACAAAUUCAGCUUCUCUGUUAUUUAACCAUUUCCUUGGACCUUAAUAUCCCUUAACAAAAUUAUUAUUAAGUGCAAUUCCUCUACUCUCACACAGGGUCUACAAUAGCUAUUGCACUAUAUAUCCCUCCUCCGGUCUUAAAAUAGUUCUUCUGUCUCAUCCCUCCCAUUAUGUGCCGGCCUGGGCUGAUGGGAGUUGUAGCCCAAUACUUCUGAAGAGCACUAGAUUGGUUAAAAGCUAUUUUGCACGCAUACCCACUUCGAACAGUUCAGACAGACAGAUAUAUAGAUAUAGAUAUAGAUAUAGAUAUAGAUAUAGAUAUAGAUGAUAUAGAUAUAGAUAUAGAUAGAGAGAGAGAGAGCUUAAAAAAAUGUUUAGGGGUACUCUCAUUUUCCUACUUAUAUUGAAAUACUGCCCCUCAAUGAGGCCAAACUUAGAUUCACAAAAUGUUUAUGAGUAUGCGUACCCCUGCGUACCCCCAGAAAAAAACACUGUGUAUAUAUAUAUAUAUAUAUAUAUAUAUAUAUACAGCCCCAAACCUGGAAAAAACAGUAACACGACAAUCAGCUCACAUCUAGGUAAGAACUAGUACCAGCAAGAGUAGGAAGAGAGGUGUUCAGGAGAGCUGGCUUUGUUGACUGUCUCCUUCUCUAUUACGGAGGCCCACGCAAAAGUUUUGCUCUAGGUUCUGGAACUUGAAUAUGCUGUCAGCAUAUGCCAGUAUUCUAUUAUUUUUGAAAACAUAAUACAAAAGUGGAAAGAUUGAUCAUAUAUCUGUGCUCGCACGCUAAAACAAAUCUCAGAAAACAUAAAAAUAUAUGUGCGUAUACAUCUAAUCAUACCCUUUCAAUUGCCUACCUAACAUUUUCCUGUUUCCUCCCCUCCCAGAUCACUCAGAUGAAGAUAGAGAGCAACCCUUUCGCAAAGGGCUUCCGGGAGAAUGGCAUGAACAGCAAAAGGUGAACUGACCCGAUCAGGAAAGAUGUCAAUGCUGUAGAGAGGAGCUAUUUCAGUCCUCAUAUUAGCUGGCAGCAGUGAUUCCCUUCCCAAAAUGUUUGCCACUGACGGGGGGGGGGCGGCGUAGACCAUAAAGAGAUGGGCUUGUCUUCACUGGAGAAAUAUUGCAGUUCACUGGGCUGGAGAAUCACAGGGCGCCAAGAUGAAUGGGCUCAUAACAACUGCUACUACUAAAUUUAUACCUGCUGAGACCAUCCAUUAAAAAAGCAACCAUACCAAAAUGAAUUAUUGAGAAAAUAAGAAAUAUUAGAAGGAGGGGGGAUUUUGUCCUUGCUCAGGGCACCAUAUUAUUACAGUCUGCCCCUGGCUUCUAACAUUGCUUUUCCACAUCUUAUUAUGGUCCCCCUUACAAAUUUUAGGGAGCGCGAGGCCCGAAUCAAGAGGAAAAUGAAGGCAAAUGAAUGUGAAGCCAACAUGGGGGAAAAUGGUAAGAGAAACAAACAUACCUUAUUCUGUCGCUUAGCUUCGUAAGACAUUGUCUGGUCUCUGUCUCCUCCCACCGCUUUAAAAGCAAAACACAACAUUUCUCUCCAGACUUCAUUAAACAAAGUGAGGAUCAUUUAAGUGGAUACUCUGUGGGCCUCCUCACCAUCCUUAACUCUUGGUAGCUACUCACUGCCCUAUGUAUAUCCAUUUCUUACAAUGCCACAUACAAUGGCCACCUUUUGCUUCCUUUCACUGCUUGACUUUUGCGACCCCCGCCACAACAUCCCAUCACUUCCCUCACCCCAAGUCCUAUAACUCCUUAAAUUAUACCUGCUGUUUCAUAUUUUUGCCUCCUCUGAAUUGUCUUUCCCCACAAUUACAAUCAUACCCUGCUCUGUCUUGAUAGCACAAACUUGCUAGAGGGCCCUUACCUGAAAAGGUCACAACCCCUGGUACUAUAAUGAAUUGCCUCUUUAUUUCAGACAACAUUCCAGAGAACCUGUUAUUUUGGAUAUUUUUUUAAAAAGUUGUAUAUGUCCCUAGAGGUUCCCUCCUAUGCCACACUUAUGUGCUUUCUAAAUCCAUACGAAUCCUGUUUUAUUAUUCCCCUUUCCCAUUAUAUAACCUUCUGCCUGCUUUUCCUCCCCUACCUGCACUUCGCCUCCACCUAGAGAGCAAGAAAGGCCCCUGCGACUCCACCUUGACAGAGGAGACACCUCUGGAGCAACAACCACCACCUGCGCUUCCACACCCUUCUUGCUCCUUCUACCCCACUGCAGGGAUCAAUCCCAGCGGAGCAGAGGCUUAUGUGCAGCACCCAGCCGCCUUCCAUGGCUUGCGGAGGGCACCCUCACCCUACGGCAGGUGAGCCAGCCAUGUCACGUUCCUCGAGUUCUAGAGCUGUGUUGCCAAACUUCUGCCUUUGUAAAAUAAGUGUGGAGCAUCCCUGGGUGAUCUGAAUCAACCCUGGUGUUCAGGUUUCCUUUGGUGGCUGAAUAAACCCUGUCCUAGGGUAUAAACAGGUAUAAAUGUUUUUAGAGGGGUAGGGCUGAUUUGAAAGCACCCUCACAGCAUUUAAGAUACCCAGGCAAUAAUUUGAAGUGCUCUGAUUUCUUGCCACGCUUAAUACGUUGAAGAACCUUUGCCAGAGGGAACAAAAAAAAACAAAAAAAAAAACACCCCACUUGGCAAUAGGCACUUUUUCCUUUUUAUGGCAUGAACAGACUUCUGGAACAAAUUAAGUUCGAGAACCAAGGUACCACUGUAACUGGAAUUAUCUACAGUGGUGCCUCGCAAGAAGAAAUUAAUUCGUUCCACGAGUUUUGUCAUCUUGCGAUUUUUUUCGUCUUGCGAAGCACGGUGUUUUGGAAAGUUUUGGAAAAGCUUCAAAAAUCACCAAAGUCUUUAAAAACCUCAAAAAAGGCUACCACAAAAAAGGCUACUAUCUAUGAGUUGCUCCUCGAAGUCAAGUCACAACUGUAUUAAUGGUGUUAAGAAAAAGGAAACAAACUUGCAAGACGUUUCCGUCUUGCGAAGCAAGUCCAUAGGGAAAAUCGUCUUGCGAAGCAGCUCAAAAACCAAAAAACCCUUUCGUCUAGCGAGUUUGUUGUCUUGCGAGGCAUUCGUCUUGCGAGGUACCACUGUACAGCUACAUCGUGGCAUUGAAAACAAGUCAGUAGAGCACAAGACUCUUAUUCUCAGGGUUGUGGGUUUGAGCCCCAUGUUGGACAAAAGAUUCCUGAAUUGCAGAGGGCCCUCAAGGUCCCUUCCACCUCAACACUUCUAUGAUUCUAUGUGCCCAUUGUCCAAAUUUUACUUUGAGAAUUGCUGCAGCUGCACCUGGCAAAGACUGCGCUGUACAGUGGUACCUCAGGUUAAGAACUUAAUUCAUUCCGGAGGUCCAUUCUUAACCUGAAACUGUUCUUAACCUGAGGUACCACUUUAGCUAAUGGGGCCUCCCGCUGCCGCCGCGCCACCACCAUGUGAUUUCUGUUCUCAUCCUGAAGCAAAGUUCUUAACCCAAGGUACUAUUUCUGGGUUAGCGGAGUCUGUAACCUGAAGCGUCUGUAACCUGAGGUACCACUGUACUCUAAACAUUAGCCAACAUGGUGCCCUCCAUAUGCUAUGGUCUACAACUUCCCUCCUCACGGACCAUUGGCCAUGCUGACUGGGGCUGAUGGGAGAUGGGAGUUCAGUAAUAUCAGCAGGGCACUGUCAUGGCCACCUUGGCUCCAGGGCAUUACAAGUGCCAAGAGGCUUCUGGGGGGAGGGAAAUGUCUUUAGCAUAUUUGUAAGUUCACUUUGCUUUUUAGUCUGAAAAUAGGUGUUGCCCUCUCUAGUUAGCAGCUGGCUACCAGCUGUGAUGUUCCCCACUCCCCCCCUUUUUUUGUGUGUGUUGAACAAAUAAAUGUACUUGUGCCAGUUGAAAACUUUUAAAAGUAAGUAGAAGUCUGCCUGACAUACCAGAGUAGCUGCUAACCAACAUUUAACUUACUGGAAGAUACAGUUGUAAAGCAAGUUACAAAGCAAGGGUCAUGCCCAUGAUGAAAAAAGCCACUCGAGCAAUCUCUUAAAAACCUACACAAAUAGAUAACCUGCAGCCUUUAGUGAGGAAACACCACUUUACUUCUUAUGCUAGUGCUUGAUCCGUAACAGAGAGCAGCCACAAAUUGUCACCAGCUGCAUGCAAUGGCGGAGUCUCUGAACCCAACCCAGUGCAGAAAUCGCUAACUGAGAAAGGUGUUUGGCCCUUACCAAGGCCAUUCUGUGGUAGAACCAGAAUUAACCAUGUACUGAUUACUGUGGCCAACGUCCCGCACAAUAUGACAUUUAACAGGAAGAAUAUGCAAGGCGAGGAUGCAGAAAAGACAUUCAGGGCUGCAGCAUUAUCUAUGGGGAAGCUAGAACCAGUAGAAUACAGAAAAACUAUAGCUGUCUGUGGGGAGACGUAGUUGGGCAGAUGCACGCAGUUGGAAGGUUGGUCAUGUCAAGCCACUCAAAGGGGGGCCACCUGCACUUUUAUCAGUGUUUGACUUACCCCUCAUCUUCCCCCCACAGCCCAAGUCAAGAAAUGGCAGCUCCUCCAUCAUCCCCAACUACCAAGUCACCUCCCGAGCAAUCUGAUUUCAGACCUAUGCUCCCGGCGAGUUGGAAUGGGCUGGAUAUUAUUCCUUUCCUUGGGGGAGCAGAACCUCCCGAUACCUCCUCCUUUCCCCCUUUCAAAUUCAGCUUCGCACCCUACCCGCCUCCACCUCGUGUCUAUGGGCCCCCCUCUGGCUAUCCUGGCUCUCAGCCACCUAUGCUCUAACUCUUGCUCCUCCCACAAACCCUGGAAUUCCUGUCUUCUAGGUAUUCUGUUUCCCCUGCUAGAUUUCAUGGCUUUCCCUGUUUCUUUAUUACUGUCCAUGUUGGGAAGGGUAAACUUGUCUGUAUCCUGCCUGUCUUAUAAUUAAACAUUUUUAAGGUCAUAA